AUGGGAAGGAAGGAAGAACGGAGGCAGGAAGGGAGUUGCACCUCUGGUUCACUGUUGAUCGGAGGAACGUCAUCAACACUUAUCUUGGCUGAAGAAGAGAGAAGAUCGAAGGCAAACACGAGAGCAGCGAUCUCCAACGGACCUUCAUCUUCUAUCGGGAGGAGGGUACAAGUGGUGAAAAUCGACAUGAGCCAUCGAGGGGGCUGCUCUGGGGCUCAUUUCUUCUGUUUCUUUUCUCGUCACCGACUUUGGAGUCGCGCAUCAGGAACAAUGACCGAGGUGGGGUAUCUACGGUUGAUCUUUGAAAGAACGAAGGGCCACAUGCGAGGAGACUACGACCUUGGGUUCACCGGAAAAUCACUCACCUCCGGUGGCGCUUUCUUGGCAGAAACGGAGAAGAGAAGGAAGUUCAAAAGAAGUGUUCGGAAGCAAAAGGAAGCAGAAGAAGCUAUCGGGAGCUUGGGAAUCAAAGAAAGAAGAAAAGAGCCAAAAACCAAGAAGGACUCGGUGAGUUGACCCUUGACUCGACGAGUUCCCACGAACAUACUCGAAGCAGAAGAGUCAUUGCCUUGCCGUACACGGGGGUUUAAUGAGAGACUCGACGAGUCAGUCACUGGACUCGACGAGUCGCCUCUAAUCUAUAAAAAAGGUCUUUCAUAUCGAUACGGGACUUUUGGGGUGGAGAGAAAAAAUCCUUGGAGGAAAGCUACGAUUAGAAGACCUGCUAAGGCGCUGGAAGUCAGAGAAUCAACCCUAGAUCCAAUUUUGAGAAGAAUCAAGGCAAAUUCAAGUCCAUUCUUACUUAUUCUUUAAGUUGAACUAUGUUUGAGCUACUUGACUUCGUUUUUUUAUCUUAGUUUUACUGUAAUCAUGAGCUAAAACUAUUAUCUUCUGUUUAGGAUAGAUGACUUUAUGAUUAUGGUAUGAUUUUAUGGUUGGAUUACUUUAAUUUGGUGAUUAUGUUUUGUUAAGCUUGUU